AUGGAUUAUGAAGGACUGUUUCACAGUAAGACAAUUCUCCCAGGGACUACUGGCUCUUAUAAGCUCUCCAGCCUAUUUAGAAAAAAAUUUUUUGUAAGUCAUGAUGAAAGAAGGCGGCUGGUAACAAAUCAGAACUUGACCCAGAAAUUGAAAAGAGAGCAGCUAUCUUGUGAUGUGCUCCUUAAGCUUUCCAGAUAUGUUCUAAUGGAUGCCUUUGGACCUGGCCUGGCUUGGAAUAUAUUCCGCUUUUGUGACUGUGAUGAAGAAAUCAACCCACCUAAAAUUCGUAUCAACCCUCUCCGGCUGUUGCAAUCCAAGCUGAAGCCCUUGUUGUUAUCUCAAGUGCUUAAACGUCUCAGGGACAUAGGAGUGUUGGCUGAAGCCCAGCAAUCCAAGGCCUUCUCACUGCUAAAGAAGCAAAUGGUACUACCCAAGAAAACCACAAGGAAAACGGUGCAAAAACCUGACGUGAAAGAAAGCGCGGCCCUCAUCGGCAACGGGGAGGCGCGGCGGCUGGAGGGCUCGGCCACGCUGCACUCGCUGCGCAUCCAGCACGGCGGGACGCUGGUCUUCGCAGAUCGGCAGCAGCCCAUCACGCUGCGGGCCCGCUACAUCCUCAUCCAGGACGGCGGGGCCCUGCACAUCGGCUCCCGGCGCUGCCCCUACCGCUCCCGGGCCACCAUCUCGCUCUAUGGCAGGGCCGCCGAGGGGCCGGACGUGCCGGGCUACGGGAGGAAAUUCCUGGGCGUGGGCCCGGGGGGCACGCUGGAGCUGCACGGCAGGACGCCGCGCUCCUGGACCCUCCUGGACAAAACCUUGCACGCCGGCGGGCUGCGCUUCGGCGCCCACCAGUCCCAGAAGCAGUGGAGCAGCCGUGGCCUCAACCUGCGCAUCGUCGAUGGGGGCACCGGGCAGGUGGUGGCAGCCGCUCGCUUUGACACCCACCUGUGGGCAGAUGAGAGCAGGAGGCUGAGGGAUUUCCUGGCGAGUCAAGCCCCGGGGAAGGUGGUGGCAGCUGCUGUCGGAGACUCAGCGGCCAAGAGUCUGACCCUGGAAACCCGGCUCCUGCUCAAGGAGGUUCUUCACAGCCAGCACAUCCUGCACCUGGGCUACAGGCAGCCCUGGGCUCUCGUUGGGGUCCUUGGAGGCGAUCAGUUUUCGACCUCAGAAGACAGAAAGCAGUACCAAAGAAAUGGAACAACAGGACUAGCCGUAGCAGAAAGAGACUUUCAGACCUAUGAUGGAACCCAUUUUACAGUCACUGCUUUCAGCGGAUGGAUAAAAGGGGUACCUCAUAAUGGAUUUAAAGUGGAAGUGUCCAAAGGCAUAAUUCUUAACUUGGUGGAUGAUGUUACAAGUUGGUUACCUGGAGAUAGGAUAGUCAUUGCUAGUACUGAUUAUUCAAUGCAUCAAGCUGAGGAAUUUAAUCUCCUUCCUUGCCCUGAAUGUAAAAGUAAUCAAGUGAAGAUUGAUGGCAGCCCACUUUAUCUUCAUAUUGGAGAAGUUGUAGAUGGCAUAGACAUGAGGGCAGAGGUUGGUCUUCUAACUAGAAAUAUACUUAUUAAAGGAGAAAUGGAGGACUCUUGUUAUGGAGAAAACCAUUGCCAGUUUUUCUCCUUUGACACAUUUGGAGGACAUAUUAAAAUCCAAAGAAAUUUUAGCUCUGUUCACAUGGAAGGAGUGGAAUUAAAAAACAUGGGGCAGCAAAUACUGGGCAGCUAUCCAGUGCAUUUUCACUUGACUGGAGAUGUGGAUGAGAGAGGAGGAUAUGAUCCCCCUACUUACCUAGAUAAUCUGGCCAUUCAUCACUGUUUCUCUAGGUGUGUUGCCAUACAUGGAACUCAUGGCCUUCUGGUGAAAGAUACUAUUGGCUAUGAUACCCUGGGUCACUGUUUUUUCCUUGAGGAUGGAAUGGAGCAACGCAAUACAUUUUACCACAACUUGGGCCUUCUUACUAAGUCUGGAACCAUCUUGCCUUCAGAUCGUAAUGAAGCGAUGUGCCUUGCAAUACGUAGCAAUGUAUAUGGAAAUUAUAUUCCUCUGCCAAGCACCAAUUGCAUGGCUGUCAGCACAUUCUGGAUUGCUAACCCAAAUAACAAUUUAAUAGGCAAUGCAGCAGCUGGUGCUCAGGAUGUUGGGAUAUGGUACAUCUUCCACCGGGUUCCAACAGGACAGUCUGAGGGACAAUAUCCAGAGGGACAAGCUGAGUUUACUCCCUUGGGGAUAUUUUACAACAACAGGGUCCAUUCUAAUUUCAAGGCUGGCUUGUUUAUUGGAAAAGGAGUCAAAACAACAAAAGCCAGUGCUGAAGAUCCUAGAGAGUAUCUUACUGUAGAUAAUGCUAGGUUCCGCCCACAUCAGGAUGCUGACCCUGAAAAGCCACGUAUUCCUGCAUUAAUUGAUGGCCUCAUCGCUUUUAAAAAUAAUGACCACGGGGCCUGGGCCAGGGGUGGGGACAUUAUUUUCCGCAACUCUGGGUUUUCAGACAAUGGAAUUGGACUGACUCUUGCUAGUGAUGGAACUUUCCCAACAGAUGAGGGUUCCAGCCUGGAAGUAACACAGUCCAUUUUUAUUGGAGAAAGCAACAACAUUGGCUCCCAGGGAGGACAAAACAGCUACUGGGGGAAAGGGGCAAAUGGAGAAUAUAGGACCCUGCCCAGGAACAAGACCUUCCCCAUCCGUGGGUUCCAGAUUUAUGAUGGCCCUGUCCGGAUGGCAAAAUGCACUUUCAAAAAAUUUACCACCACUGCUGACAGAUACUCAAGUGCCAUCGGCUUCUUCAUGAAGAAUUCCUGGCAGAUAAGCCCGCAGAAUAACGUAUCACAAAUCAGGAUGGAGAGAAGUGUUGGGCUGAAGGUUUUCUUUGGUAGACCAGGCCAAUGGUUUGGAGACAAUGAUAAUGAUGGUGACAAAGUUUCUGUUUUUCAUGAUCUGGAUGGUUCAGUGACGGGAUAUCCAGACACCUUCAUAGGCAGAGCGGACAACUCCCUGCUUCGUCAUCCAGGUUGUCUCACAGUUCCAAGGUGGAAUGGGAUGAUAUGCACUGGGAAGUAUGCACAGCUUUAUAUUCAGGCCAGACGUCCUGAGAAUCUAACCUUAUCAAUUGCCAGAGCGACAUACUAUUCUCAUCCCCUGAGGCUGCAAGGCGUCAAUAGAGGAGUACCAUACCAACAGUACCAACCUGUGGUGAUGCUGGAGCAAGCUUAUACCAUUCAUUGGGAUGGGGGAACACCAGAGGACAUCAUUCUGUACCCAAUUAACUUCAACAGGGGAGACUGGCUGCACAUUGCAUUAUGUUAUCCCAAGGAAUCGGUUUUCACUGUUGUGGCAGACAUCUACCAGCGGCAGACAGGGCAAGUGCACAGUAUAAAACACUACCUAGCAGCCCCUUCCUGGCACAGUGCCCUCAACAGGACGGGCGAGCGGCUUUUCUACUUCGACAGUGCCUCAGGAUACCUGUUUGUUCAUCUUCAAGCCCAUGAAGCUCGAAAAGGGCAUAGUUACUGCUCUCAGCAAGGCUGUGAACGCAUUAAAAUUAUAGCACACAUGUACUCAAGGGACUCCUGGAGUUGUGCCUUUAACCCUUUCCUGGAGGAUUAUAACAGACCAGCCACACAACACUCAAUUCCUCAGCGACUGACUGCGCCUUGUAGCCAGUGUGGUGCCCCUCAGGUAAAUGAUACAUUUUUCUUGUUCAGUAGCCGUGGGAUAUUCUUCGUGGUGCUGGAUGCAUGUUCAGGAGCAGUUGUGAGUAGGCGGCAUUUUGACACAGUUGGUGCCAUAGAUGCUGCCAGUGCAAUGACUGAUUAUGUUCAAACAUCCGUAAAAGAAAGAUCAGUCGUUCUUGUGUGCUCUAGAGAUAUGACAGAAAUGACUGGAUGCUCUGAAAUGUCUGUUUUUACAAGGUUAGGUUCCGCAAAGCCUAUUGUCUUUCACAAAAAAGGGAGUUUUGCUAUGCUUGGAUAUAAGGGACAGGUCAAACCCUCCUGGAUUAAAAUCCUUAAUCGAGCUGCUGAUCAGAAAGCCGUUUCUCUACAACAUUACGUUCCCUUGAAGUUGAAUGAAUAUGGAUGUCCAGCUAAAGCUGAAGAUUUUUAGGACGCCCCAUGUAGCAGAGCCACUUACAACACAACUCCAUAGAGGAUGGAAAAUUUGGCAAUUAAAUCCUGCUACGCAGUUGGCUUAACAUGAGCCUGACAAAUUCUACAGCUCUCGGCAUCACUCCAGUGUUAUUUUUAUGAGAUUGUAUUAAGCCAAUGUUAUUUCACUUGUAUUUUUUAUAACUAAUAAAUAUAUUCUUAUCUUA